AGUAAAUUAUUGUCUUAAAAAUUAAUACGAGUUUGAUGAGAUUUUAAUUCUUUGAUAUCCGAGAAAAAAGCGUCAAAGAAUAAAACAGUCGCUUUAACAGUCUUUUUAUAAUACUUAUAAAUAGCCGAACGUAUUAAUUUCGUUAAAUGUUGUACUAUUUCAUUGUCGGAAGAUGAAUUCUGUUUCCCCUUAUUUUAUUAUCGGAGGAUGGUCUUCCUAAUAAGGGAAAUAAUAGUAUUUUUUUCAUUGACGCUAGUACGCCGUGUAUAUGAACAUUGUACCUGGUAUGAAAAUUUAUGUACAUUGAGGUCUUGUUCAUUUUUUUCAUUAAUUUUUAGACUCCAAUGAAACUGUUACAUUUUGUAAAGUGUCAAGGACAAUAAUUUACUUCAAUUUUCUUGUCCAGACAACGGGUACAGAUCUACGUUUUUUUUACGAAAUCUAAAAUUUACGUUCAUAUCUAUAGAUCUUUAGUUUUCAUUGAAAUAUGUUGCACUGCACGACAUUAGACAGAAAUAACGAAUGUCAUAUUUGCUGACACGAUCGAUGUCGGACAGAUUUCAUUGAUGAAAAGAUUCUUCGAAUAUCAGCAUUCGACGAGGUUCUGUACCGUUGCUCGUUAGCAAUUUCGAGCAAUCUAUUUUCUUUGUUUAAUACGAAUUCGUGAGUUUUGCGAUACGUUCAACUUACAUUCGUCGUUCUUUUCCUGGACACAUUAAUAAACAUGUUCCUUGUAUCAAUUCGGCCAUUCUACAGAAUUUAUGAGAAACGUAAUAAUUCUGGCACAAUGGUUAUUUCUUAUUUAUAUUUGUCCGUGAAAACAUAAAUACAACGUUCGAGUUGUAUUCCGCAUCGAUAAGGUUAUAGAAUCGAUCAUUUCCCAACUACGUAUAUAGGUGUUGCGUUAAUGCGCAUGCGUGUUACGUGUAUAGUGUCACGAUAAAUUCGCACGUGGUCGUAUGGUAAAACUGUCUUUCGCAUCGACAGUUUUUAACAGUUGAAGCUGCAUGAAAUAAUCCGAAUACUCGAACAAUUUGAUGUACAUGGUGUGUUCCAUAAGUAAUGCGAAGUAUUUUUUUUAAAGGAAUUUAUUGUAUCAAUUCUUACAAAUACUUAAAAUUCUUCAAAGUACUGCCCUCGGACAUCUACACAUUUUUGCCAGCGACGCUGCCAUAAACGGUACGCUUCCUGGAAUGCGUUUUCCGGAACCGCUUUUAGGGCCUCGGUCACGGCCGCUUGAAUGUCUUGUACGGACGAGAAACGCGUUCCUUUCAGGGGUGUCUUGAUCCGGGGGAACAAGAAAAAGUCUGCCGGUGCCAGGUCAGGACUAUAGGGGGGUUGGGGAAGCGUUAACACUUGGUUUUGGGUCAAAAACUCUCGUACUCGCAGCGCGUUGUGGCAAAGCGCGUUGUCGUGAUGCAGUAUUCAGGUACCGGAGAUGUGUUUUCUCGUCCUGACAACCCUUUUUCGCAGUCUUUCCAGCAUAUUCACUUAGUAGGCGGUGUUAACUGUCUAUCCUUCAGGAAGAAAUUCUUUAUGGAUUGUUUGACGGACUGUUUUGCUGGUUUGUGGCCGCCCGGAGCGUUGAUCGUUGCGAACCUCUUCCCGCCCUUCCUUAAAGGUCUUUAACCACCUCGAAACUUGUGAAUACCACAGAACAGAGUCCCCAUAAGCCUCAUGAAUCAUUUUAUUUGUCUCCUCAAGAGAUUUGUUUAGUUUAGCACGAAAGCUUUAUCGCGUAUCGUUGUUCCGAUCGUCGACUCCAUUUUCUCAGUAACACGGUCACCAAACAGGGGGUCACAAAAAUUAACGUCCUGUCCCUUUCACAGCUCGGAGAGCCCUGGGACCGAGUUCGUUGGAAAGCUAAGGGUCUCCCGCAUCUAACGCACGUGGUCCGAUCCCCCUCCGACCAACAGGAGCGGUUCAGGAAUUUCCUUCGCAUUACUUAUGGAACACACCAUGUAUUUAUUAUUUAAUUGCUUCCUCUAAAUGCUAGAUUUAUUCUAUUGAUGGAGCGCAGAAUUUGUAUACGUUAUACGUUCGUAGGUGGAUAUUGUUUAUAGGACGUUAGAGGAUAACCGUUGAGACAAUUUCAUCGUGUAAUAGUUAAUACGUACAAGUAUGUGACGUAUGAGUAAAUACAUGUAUGGCGGGCAAAAGCAAAUUGAUUUGGUUUUUUCGAUGGUGGUAUGUAACGCGAAAAAAGAGGCGCGCAUUUUAAUUCGCGUUACGAAAGAGAAAAUCGACGUUGGCAUUGCCUCGUUCUCGUUGAUCGUUCAUGACUUACGCGAUAUCUGCCGCGUAGUUAUCUCCACCGACGUCACCGUUAUUACACGAAGGUUAUUGCUCUUGCGUAAAUUUUCUCGUUUCUUUCUCUUCAUUUUCACGCAUUCCUUUCGUUUCGAAUGAGUAGUAAUCUGUUCUUUUCGUUAUUUUAUUGCUCGAUCGAGCCGAGGAACGCCAAAGAAUACGGUGCGCGCGGGUCUUUCGUUUCGAGUAAAACUACAAUUUUUUAUGUAAAAGGCUUUUUGCGAAGUUGCUUACUUCCUCGAUACGUAGUCGUGUCCUUGUAUGUUUUUAAAGGUGCAAUUUGGACAUAAAUAGAAUAUGACGUCGAAAAAUUUAAAAGUAAAGUAAUUUCGCGCGUUCGCGCGCGUUACUUUUGUCGCGGCGUUACCGAUUACGGUAAAUAGCUGUUUCGAUCGGUCCUGAUUUGCGAAAGAUUCACGAUCAAAUCAGAUUCACCAUUCUUUCCACGUUCGCGUUACGUGGCCUUCUUUCUUGACUAUUCCAAGUAACGAAUAAUUGCGUAAGGCCAAGGUAUACGUUAAUACGUUUUCCAUUGCGGUUACGGUUGUUGAAUGUCUUGUACCGUAAUUUAAGUUUCUAUUCAUAAUCGCGUCUCGAAGCAAUUCUUUGCGUUUCGAUGAAAUAGCAAGUUAUUCUCGUAUACGAGUAUGUGCACGUGUAGUAGAUAUUACUUCCCACCGAAGAACUAUUUCCGUAACGAAUUACAACAAAUUUGCUCGCGACAACUAAUUAUAUGUAUCGUGCAUUAUAGGGAUUAGAGAAGGAAAUAACGAUCGUACCAAGCGCGGAUUUAUUGCGAAAACCCGUGACGCGUAUGCGAUUCUACGAAAACGUUACCGUAAAUUUCCGUUUCUUCUCUUUUUUUUCUUUAUCGUCCUUUGCUUACCUUCGAAACGGACGAUAAUUCGGCGAAGGUUCGACGAUCAACGUGUUUCGUCGAGUUCUACGGCCACGUUGUAAAAAGCAAAAUGAUAUUUUUCUUGUUUGAUUUUCGAAAGUAUUACGCGAUCAGUCGGUUUAGUAUGAUUUACGAGGUUCAGAAACAACGAGCGUACUAUAAUAUAUAUAUAUAUAUAUAUAUAUAUAUACAUGUAUACGUACAUGUACGAGUGCCGACUGUAAAACGAAAUCUGAUGUAUCGCGUUUUAUUAGAGUAUUAAGCGCAAUUGUAGGAGAGAUUAAGCAAAGCGCGCUCGGUCUUUUGCGUGAUGCGACAAAAUUUCUUCUUACGGUGUACGCGUCGUUUGGAUCGUCGAUGUUGAAACGUCGCUCGAAAACCUGUUUUGUGGCGUGCAUUCUUGUUUAUUCAUCGAAACGCGGUACUCCGUAUUGGUAACCAUUAAACUUUCGAUUUGCUGCCCGGAGGAUCGUACGAUCUUGAACGGUCCUGUUUCCGUUCGCGAUCGCAUCGCGAACAUAUUAUGUACUUAUCCUUCGAGAGAGAAGAUUACGCGGUGGCGAACGCGACAAGACGAAAAAUGGGUCACUGGAGAAAUACUUUAUUGGUUCUGAUCAAAGUUCCUCUGUUGCUUCGCGGUUGUCUGUCGGAAACUAUCGUAACGGCAUACGAUCAUUUCGACGUCGAAAGCGUCGAUCCGGAGAUAGUUGACGAAUUAACUUGGACGGAUCAUCCGUGUCGGCGAACUUGUACGGACGAAGCACCUCCGAUGGAAUGUCGAUACACUUUCGAAUUAGAGUCUUAUCGUACAAUGAGCAAAGCAUGCUACGACUGUCCGUUCAAUUUUACGGAUUGUUUUCGAAAACAUUGCAUACCAGCCGAUGGCGUCGGAAGAUCGAUUUUAGUGGUUAAUCGACAAAUGCCUGGACCACCUAUCGAGGUGUGCCAAGGUGAUAGAGUAAUCGUUGACGUGAUAAAUUCGUUGCAUUCGGAAAGUACCACGAUGCAUUGGCAUGGCCAACAUCAUGUUAAAACACCGUAUAUGGAUGGUGUUCCUUAUGUGUCUCAGUGUCCAAUUCCGCCAGGUUCCAGUUUUCGAUACGAUUACAUCGCGACGGAAGCUGGUACGCAUUUCUGGCAUUCGCAUUCAGGUUUUCAACGAGGGGAUGGAGUGUUUGGUGCGUUGAUCGUGCGCGUACCUCCCAAAAUCAACUGGCACUAUCGUUUAUACGACAUCGACCAACAUACCAUGAUUCUGUCGGAUUGGACCCACGAAUUGGGAAUCGAUAAAUUCUUGGAUCAUCACCACGCGACCGGUGACAACAAGCCACCCAAUCUUCUGAUCAACGGUUUCGGUCGUUUCGCGCCGCUUCGAAAUGAAAACGACAUAGCUUCUGCAUCGAUGCCAGUCGCGACAUUUACCGUUAAGCGGAAUACCAGAUACAGGUUUAGAUUGAUCAACGCUGAAUUUCUUAAUUGUCCGAUCGAACUAUCGAUCGAUAAUCAUACUAUGCGCGUGCUUAGUUCGGAUGGACGCGACGUUCAACCUAUCCAAGCGGAAUCUCUGGUUAGUUACGCUGGCGAAAGAUUCGAUUUUGUCGUUGAAACGAACCAAAACGUAGACAAUUACUGGAUUAGAUUUCGAGGACUAAUGGACUGCGAUGAAAGAUUUACCAAGGCAUACCAGGUUGCCAUAUUGCGGUACGAAGGUGCUGACGAACAAGAUCCAGCAGGUGUAGUCGCGUAUGAAUACAGUACCAACGAUUCUUCGGAUCUGCCGCGAGUAAACGCUUUGAACGAAGGUACCGAAAAAAACGAAAGCCUGAGCAUACCCCUGUUGAGAGCCAUGGACGAAAAUGAUCAGUCUAACGUACGACCACCGGACUAUCAAUUUUACGUUUCUUACGAUUUUUACAAGAAAGAUAAUCCACAUUUUCAUCGUGAAAAAUUGUACGGAUUCCAUCAAGCGAAAUCUAACGCACGAGUACUCACCCCUCAACUAAAUCAUAUCUCGAUGAAGCUACCAUCCGUACCGCUCUUGCCUCAGCGAGACUCCCUUGAUCAGAACCAAUUUUGUAACGCAAGCACUGUCCACGAUUGCGAACAACAUUAUUGCGCUUGCACUCACGUGCUUCGCGUCAAACUUGACAGCGUGGUGGAAUUGAUUUUAGUUGACGAAGGUUUUGCUUACGAUGCCAACCAUCCCUUUCAUCUUCAUGGAUAUCAGUUUCGCGUAAUUGCUAUGGAAAGAGUAGGAAAAAGCGUCACUGUUGAACAAGUACGAGCAUUAGAUAGAAAAGGAGCGAUACGCAGAAAUCUUGACCACGCUCCUCUAAAAGAUACCGUAACGGUGCCGGAUGGCGGUUACACCGUGUUACGAUUUCAUGCGAAUAAUCCAGGCUAUUGGUUGUUCCACUGUCACAUUGAAUUUCAUGCGGAAGUCGGAAUGUCGUUGAUCUUCAAAGUUGGCGAACACGAAGAUAUGCUGCCUGUUCCGCUCAAUUUUCCCAUUUGUGGUAAUUGGCAACCGGACAACGAGCAAACUAUUGGCACCGUCUUACCGGAUAUUACCAAAUAUUCGGCAAAUAACACGUCGAAUAUAUCAAUGGAAGAAAUCGUUGAAAACGAUGUGCGACAGCUUUUGAAAUUAUUACCACAGGUUUUACAGUCGCUACGAAUCUCAGCUUCGCCUCCGGUGUCGAUCGUUUCGUACUUUUUAAUUUAUUUUUCCACAUUAUUUGUAACCGUUACCUUCUAAUACUUACCCGCUGAACUUUUCAUCGAAAUCAAAUCAAACAUGUCCACAAAUACGCUUUAUACGUAUACGUUUUUACGUUUUCAAACGUACACGAUUCAUCAUGCGCCCUACUUUGCUGUUACUAGGCUGAAAUCGAUGCAUUUUUUUCUAUUAUAACCGAUAGAUUAUUUUCUAUUAUUUUACUUUUCUACGAUCUUACCUCUUCGACGGUUCUUUAACUGUUGAUUUAGAUAAUAUAUUUCAGCGUUAGUGUUAAAUAGAUAGGAUAGAAUAAAAUAGAAUAAGAUAGAAUAGAACGUGUACGUGUUAUCGAAUAUUGUUAAAUAUCGGUUGACUAAUUUCAAUGUGUCCCCAAACGAAUUUUCGUUCGUUUUCUUGGACUAAGCGAAACGGAACAGAGCGGAACGUGCGCGAUUCAAAUGUAGCUUAUUUAUAAAUGAUUACUAUGCUGUGAUAUAAUUACCGUAACUGUACGCGUUAAGAUUCUAAUGUUAUUUAAUACAAAGAUAAAGCAUACUUUUUUGUAGGAGUAUUAUGACAUUUUCACUAGGAAUCGCACGGGUCAUUUAACAACGCGGAAACGCACGAUAAUCGACAGAUGGUCGAUGCAAGAGGUUCGAACAGAAGAAAAGCACCUGUUCCGAUGACUCUAGUCCUUGCAUAUUAAAUGUGUUAGGUGAGAAGGGGAAUGUCUGUGAUUCUUGAUUCUCAAUGAUUAAUUAGCUCUAGAUGAGACGUUCUAGGAUUUUCGACUUAGAUAGGAAAAGCGAAAAAAAGGCUAACUAACUUGUUUUGAACCCGUUGGUUCUGAGUUAUCAUGUUGGAUAUCCAACAAUAUUAUUUUUUUAUUGCUUAUUCCUACAUAUAAAUGUGAAAUCAGUUUUGUAUCAGAUUUUCCAUAAAUUCUUAUACUAUA